AUGCCUGUGCAGCGAAGGGGUCCGAAGGGGCCGCGCAAGCGCAAGCUCAGCCAAGAUGAAAAUACUCAGUCCACCCCUACGUCUGCCACCAACGGCAGUGUGCACAAGUUUGAAGCUUCUACUUCCGGUCCAGCGUCUUCUCUUAACAGAUCGCCGCACAUUCGCACAUGCUCUGGAGUCACGAUGACCGGGAACGUUCACAUGGAACGAUACUCGCCCACGUGGAUCCGGACACCCACCUCAGAUCACUUCAACACCCAUCGGCAUGAUCAGACCCCCGAAACCUCCUCUACGCAACAGCACCCUCGACAGCAUGACUCAGUAUCGCCACAGUGGUCUGAUCCAGUUACUGGCACUGCAACAGAUAAGCUCUGUGAUCGUGACACUCUACGCCGCAUCAUGGACGACUACAUCCUCUAUGUUUAUCCGGCUAUCCCGAUCUUUCAUAUGCCGACUUUCCAUGCUGCGUUCGACGCGCAGAAAGACACACACGACGUGGACUUCUUCUGCCUGCUCCUGGGCUUGGCAGCUCUCACAGUGGGCAUACUUCCCUCCAAAUUCAGGGAUUAUCAGCGCGCGGCCAGACCUGUGCGUUUUCUCAGCCGUGUCGAGAUGAUCGACUACUGCUACGCACAGACCGUAAAUUCUCGCACAUCAGCUUAUUUCGACGAGGUCUCUCACACCAAAUGGGCGAUUAGUCACUUGUUCUUUCUGGCGUACAUUCACGUCGGCAAGGUGAACCUGUCUCGUAUGGUCGAGCUUGAAUGCAAUCUGUUUGCACGACUUCUCGAGCUUCACCGCCCGUCUGCCUAUGUUGGCUUGAGCUGUAUAGAAGUCCAGCUUCGCAAGCGAGGCUUCUGGCUUAUGUUUUAUCCUUACGUGCAUUUGCAGUACUCUAAUCUUAGGAAGGAAAGACUAUCAUUCAUUGAUUGCGCUAUCCUUCAUGAGCUAGACCUCGAGGAGCUACUACCGGUACCGCAUGAUGACGAACAGAUCACAGAAACGUCCUAUGGUUCGCCACCUCCACCGGACACACCAUCACUUGCUGAAGGAUUCAAUUGGCGCUCCCGACUGUUCUGGUCUGGCGUUAAGAGUAUCAACCAAGACCGUCAGUCCCGUCGCGAUACGAUACAUUGUCAAUGUACACGACGUCAGGAUCUUUCCGCUUAUCUUAAUUUCCUCCAUGCACGUCUCAGAGAGCUCAACUACCUUCUUGAUGGUGCACCAUGGUACUUGCGACAGUGGGUGACGAAGUCUGAGUCAGGUCAACACAACUCACACCCUGACGCCAGUCUCAACUUGCAAAUGGCUGUUAUUCGGACAGACAUCCAUGUUACACACGUGUGGCUACAGUCAUUGCUGAUGGAUCACAUUGAGUCGUACCAUCCCGUUAACAUGGGUUCAGUGCCUUUGCUGCCACUUCCGCAAAUCUCGACUAUGUCACCACCAACGCCAGACACCCCAGUCAAAUCCCAGCGAAGCGCUAAAGUGGAUUGGGCUCAGCGUGAAGACCUUUGCCGUCAGCUACUACAAGUUCUUUACAUGGCGCCGGACCUUAGCCUUGAGGCUCUAGGGACAGUGCUGGUACAUAAGGUGAGGGAUGUGGCUGUCUCACUGCUUGCUUGCCCGUACGAUGACAACGCUGCGGGUGAAGGCGCUGAUGCUGGCCCUGAGAUAGCUUCGACAGGGUCGUUGGGGCCAGCGACGCGUGCCAAAGCGUACCUAGCUGAUUUCUCGCGAAAGCUAAAUGAGCUCGAUAUGGCUGAAGGCAUGAGCAGUCACAUUCUGCAGAGCUGGGUAGACACAGGAAGGAUGACUGAUGGACGGUACGAUCACUGGUGA